AUGUCCGACCACAUUCCCAAGCUUAUUCGUAUUAAGCCGACUGCGAACACGAUCCAACUCGUGCCAUAUUGGCCAGACAAUGCAGAAACAUGGUUUCUGUAUGCCGAGGCCGAUUUUCGAGAACAGGGUGUCUCAGAUCCUCAUUCUCGAUUUCUUGCUGUCAUACGGUCACUACCGCGAGAAUUAAACAGGCAUGUUACAGCAAACAUGUUUAAUCCUGAAGUAAGUGACCCUUAUGCACUUCUAAAGGCCGCACUCUUGAAGAAAAGCGAUCUCACAGAUCGCCAACGUCUAGACGAAUUGCUUCGUAACAUCGAGCUAGGCAGCCACUCAGCUACUGAAGUCCUCGCACGCAUGCGAGAAGUAAUCGGUGCACGAACAUUUGACGAUGGUUUCUUCCGAGAACUAUUUCUCUCGAAACUACCACAACCGGUGCAAACCGUGUUGGUGACACUGCAGUCAGUCCCACUCGACGACCUGGCAGCCUCAGCAGAUAAAAUACUGGAGAUAUCCAGCAGACCCGUCUCCAACGUAUAUUCUAUCUGUGACAAACCAGAGCGCCAGGAUUCAGAGGUGACCAAGUUGUGCAACUCUGUGAAACGGUUGCUACGAUCUCGAAGUCCUAGAUCACGUAG